UAGCUCGUGUUCGUCGUCGUGUACACCAAAGGUAAAGAGAGAUCAAAUCAAAGAGAAGCGAAUGGUUUGAGAGGUUAGAUAAUAAGUAGAAGAAGGAGAUAGAGACGAAGAGACAGAUCAAUCAUGAUCCUUGCGGUGUUGUUCGCUAAUUCCGUAGGGAACGUUUUAAUCGAAAGGUUCAAUGGAGUUCCAGCUGAGGAACGGCUCACCUGGCGAUCUUUCUUGGUUAAGUUGGGAGCAGAGAAUCUCAAAGGUGUUAAGAACGAGGAGCUUCUCGUUGCUUGCCACAAGUCGGUUUAUAUCGUGUACACAAUGCUAGGGGAUGUUAGCAUCUUCCUUGUUGGUAAAGACGAGUACGAUGAACUUGCUUUGGCAGAAGCCAUCUUUAUCAUAACAGGGGCUGUGAAAGACAUAUGCGGGAAACCUCCUACAGAGCGAGUGUUUCUGGACAAAUACGGAAGGAUUUGUUUGUGUCUUGAUGAAAUCGUUUGGAACGGACUUCUCGAGAACACCGACAAAGAUAGGAUCAAGCGUCUCAUUAGAUUGAAACCUCCUUCUGAGUUUUGAUUCCCUCUCUCCAACUCCAAACCACACACCCUUGCAAUAUGUUUUUUCAACACUUAUCAAUCUGAAUCACUUCUCUCUAUCAAGUAUUGUACUGUUAACUACUGCUGUUCUUCGUUCAGACAUUGGAAGCAAUUUUAGUGUGGCAAUGUUUAUUGAAAUCUUAGCUUCAA